CCGCGGCAAAGCAGCAGGAUGGGGAGCGAAGCAAAGCAGUGGGGAAUCGAGCAGCUCCGGCUGGAGGGAGAUGAGCACCAGGAGGGACGGGCACGGAGCCGAGCAUCCAGUUGUGCCCUGGGUCCUGCUACAAUGCCCGGCAGACCCCCGGCAUACCCAGGCACGGAGGCAGAUGAACUGAAUCCCACUCCCGUUACCUGUUCUCCUCCGUCAUCCAAAGCCUGCCUGCUACCGCUCCUACAGCACGGCGCGCUUUGCGGCUCAGGGAGAGGAGAGGAGAGGGCUGGGGAGUGCACCGGAGCCGGCUCCAUGGGUGAGCAUGCAGGUGAGCUGGGACGGGUUUCUACUGGAGCUUUUGGGAGCUGGGAGCCCAGCACCAGCUGCACGGCACACUCCGUACCUCCUUUGCAACCCCCUGCGUGAACCACCAGCUCUGGGCUGUGUUGUCCAGCCCCGUACGGGUGGUGGGGCUGGAUCCAUCCUGCCCAGCUCAUCCUUGGGACCAUGGGGGGGGUAUAAAGCCGCACGGCUAGCGGCAGCCUGGCUCCAGCCGGACGGCACCGCUCGGACCCCCGUGUGGAGGGGCUGCGUGCCAGGGAGGCAGCUCUGCCGGGAAGGGGAGAGGAGAGCGAGGUUUCUCUCUCAGGGCGGUUUGGGGCCUCCCGUGCCUCUCGGCGAGGGAGCCGUUCGGCACGGAUGGGCUAACCGGGAAGAAAAGGGCUCAGAGAAGGGUGUGCAGAAGGGAGAAGUCAGGCAGAAGUCCCUUUCCUGCAUCGCUGCGGGUGGAAGGAGGACAGGGACGUGGCAGACCUGGGGGCAAGGGGGUCUCACAGCCGGGUCCAGCUGCUCCCCCCCUCCAUCCUCGCCCAGUGCCGGGAUGCAGAGGAAGGGCAGGCGCUGCCAGCUCUUGGCUCCUUCCCUUGCCUCACAACCUCCAUCGGAGACUCGCUUUUCCCCCCCCAGCUCUUCCCAGGAACGCUUGCCCAUAUACUCCGCACUCCUUCCCUCCCUGCCUGCGCUCUGGGUGCAGGCAGGGCGGCCGCAUGCCCCCGCCACGCAGCCAUGCCUGCUCUUCCCUACCUGCUCCCUCGUACUCGGUGGCCGAAGGCCGGGCAGCUGCCCGUUAUUACCUGCUGGUUACGCUGGGCUGGAAGAAGCUGGCACACGUGCGGCGGGUUGUGCAAACAGGCUCCGGCACGUGCCGGAUUCCCCGCGCGUCGCCGCAGGCUUUGCCACCGCUUCGCCGCACCCCACCGCAACGCCGGCCUCUCCCUCCAAAAAAACCAGGGGGGCUGCUGGAGGUUAAGAGAGGGCCAGGCAGCCGGGAGUCCCCGAACCGAGAGGAAUGGCUCUCCGGCUGCAGCAGGGAGCUGAGAUGCCAAAUCCCUUUUAAAGGGUUAUUUAAGCAGUUUAAAACGUGCAGCGGUUCAUCGGAGGUGUGUGUGGCAGCCCCGGAGCGUUGCCCGCUGCCUGGCCGAGGGGCAGCCCUGGCACUGGGGGCUGAGGAGACGACUGGCUGCUAAUAAAUAAACUCA